UUUGCAGGGACGCCUUCAGUGUAAACUGCAUCGAUGUGUAGCAGGUGUGUAGCGGUAUCCACAGGUUAAAAAAGCGAGGCAUCCCCCCCACACAGCAAAACUAGGGCACCCCGUGCAGACCGAGGGGUGCAAACCACCACAGAGGAGCUCAAACCGCGUUGAUUUCUUCAUUUAAAAAACACAAGACGCCUUCUUUGCUGGGCAGGAGUCUGGACCCGGAUCUCUGUCAUUGUCGUUUUUGAAUUAACCAAAACAGGAAAAGCUGCAGCGAGAUGUGACCCGUUUUUUUUAGACAAGAAAGCGGAAUGAUGUGCUUUGACAAGGGACCGCGUGGAUUCAUCACGCAUCUUGUCCACGGCACGGCCAGAAGCCGCAGCGAUCUCCUUCCUUGUUUUUGUCGGGUGUCUCGUUGCGUUGUGUAUGCGAGCGCAGCAGCGCCUCAUCGGAAGCCAGCGUGUGUGUGAUUGCUUCAGACCGAGCCUGCUGAACGGUUGCAAGCACCAGUUGUAUUUUGAUAUCCUUAUCUCACCGGAGUUGCACAAUAACAGUAACAGCCUGCUGUGAAGCAGCUAUAUACAGUACAGACCAACACCGUGUGCGUGCGUGAAGUGUCCGCGUCGGGAGAAGGCUUACUUGGAAAAUUACAAGUCAUGGGAACGUGGAGAAGUUUGAAAUCGCGACACAAGGAAGCGCAGCCGGCGGAGACUUCUCUUCACAGUUGGCCGGUUAUGUGGCUCUGUCUGGCGCUGGCAACGCUGACUAUCCCGAGUGUCGCGACCGCCAAGAUCGUCGUCAAUCAAAAAGAUGCCAACUUCGAUGUCAGCUACAAUGACAGCGUCACCGACGAGCUGCAGAACGUCUAUGCCUUUAACCACACCGUGUCCAGACACAAGACGGAGGGUGUGCGUGUCUCUGUCAACGUGCUGUCGAAAGCUGUGGAGAACCCCAUCCUCUUCGUGGUCCGGCAGAAACAAGCUGUCGUCUCCUUCCAGGUGCCUCUCAUCCUGCGUGGGCUUUACCAGCGGAAGUACGCGUACCAGGAUGUCGCUCGCACGCUGUGCCAGCCGCCCACGCACAGAGACAUGGAGAUGCAGUUCUUCUACGUGGACGUGUCCACACUGUCCCCCCUCAACAUUUCCUACCAGCUGAGAGUGAGCCGCGUGGACAGCUUCGUCCUGCUGACUGACAAGCUUUUCAAUUUCAUCGCCAACCCAGCCCAGCCCCAGUAUUUCAAGUACGUGUUCCCAGAGGGAGUGGACUCCGUCAUUGUGAAGGUGGACUCGGAGUCAGCCUUCCCCUGCUCUGUCAUGUCCAUACAGGAUAUCCUGUGCCCCGUCUAUGAUCUGGACAACAACGUGGCCUUCCUGGGAAUGUACCAGACCAUGACCAAGAAGGCAGCCAUCACCGUGCAGAGGAAGGAUUUCCCCACGAACAGUUUCUACGUGGUGGUGGUCGUGAAGACGGAGGACGAGGCGUGUGGAGGACCGCUGCACUUCUACCCUCUGCAGCCAGAUAAGCUGAUUAACCCUGGAAACCGCAGCAAAGUGCUGGAUGUGAUUGUGACUCCCGCCAUCAAAUCGGAGGCCUAUGUGAUGGGCAUGCUGUUCUGUCUGGGAAUCUUCCUGUCGUUCUACCUGCUGACGUUCCUGACUGCAUGCCUGCAGAACAAACGGAUGCACAAGAAGAGGGAGGGGCUUCUCAACACUCCACAUGCGUCGCCUGCGGAAACAGCCUCCCUGCUAGGGAAAGGCCUGACCCCGGGAUCCCCCUGCGAGGGAUACAACUAUGGCUCCUUCGAGAACGGCUCCCUGAGUUCAGAGGCCAUCACUGACAGCAUGGCGUCGGGGGACACCAGCUACGGAUACCUGGAACGUUCCCUGGACAGCAUGGCGGGACGCCUGCGGCAGGAGUCUCUGAGCUCCGUGGAGGAGGACGAGUACGACACGCUGGCCGACAUCGAAUCGGACAAGAACGUCAUCCGCACCAAGAAGUUCCUGUAUGUCUCUGACCUGGCUCGCAAGGACAAGAAGAUCCUGAGCAAGAAAUACCAAAUCUACUUCUGGAACAUUGCUACCAUUGCAGUCUUCUAUGCGCUGCCUGUCAUUCAGCUGGUGAUAACCUAUCAGACGGUAGUGAACGUGACAGGAAACCAAGAUAUCUGCUACUACAACUUCCUGUGUGCCCAUCCGCUAGGAGCACUGAGUGCCUUCAACAACAUCCUGAGUAACCUGGGCUACGUCAUGCUGGGGCUGCUGUUCCUCCUCAUCGUGCUACAGAAAGACAUUCUCCACAAGAGGGCGCUGGAGCGCAAAGAGCUGGCUGCACUGGAGUGUGGGAUCCCGAAGCACUUUGGUCUGUUCUACGCCAUGGGCACGGCUCUGAUGAUGGAGGGGCUGCUCAGUGCCUGCUACCACGUGUGCCCAAACUACACCAACUUCCAGUUCGACACCUCGUUCAUGUAUAUGAUCGCUGGGCUCUGCAUGCUGAAGCUCUAUGAGAAGAGACACCCCGAUAUCAAUGCCAGUGCCUACAGUGCCUACGCCUGCCUGGCCAUGGUCAUCUUCUUCUCUGUGCUGGGAGUGGUCUUUGGGAAAGGGAACUCUGUGUUCUGGAUCGUGUUCUCUGUCAUUCACAUCCUGGCCACCCUGCUGCUCAGCACUCAGCUUUACUACAUGGGCCGCUGGAAACUGGACUCUGGUAUCCUGCGCAGGAUCCUGUACGUUGUGUACACAGACUGUAUCCGGCAGUGCAGUGGACCCAUGUACAUUGACCGCAUGGUGCUGCUGGUGAUGGGGAACAUCGUCAACUGGUCCCUGGCAGCGUUCGGCCUGAUCGUUCGACCCAACGACUUUGCCUCCUACCUGCUGGCCAUCGGGAUCUGUAACCUGCUGCUCUACUUCGCCUUCUACAUCAUCAUGAAGCUGCGCAGUGGCGAGCGGAUCCAGCUCCUUCCCUCCUUCUGUAUCCUCUUCACCGCUGUGGUCUGGGGCUUCGCUCUCUUCUUCUUCUUCCAGGGACUCAGCACCUGGCAGAAAACCCCGGCGGAGUCGCGGGAGCACAACCGAGAGUGCAUCCUGCUCGGCUUCUUCGAUGACCACGACAUCUGGCACUUCCUGUCCUCCAUCGCCAUGUUCGGCUCCUUCCUGGUGCUCCUCACCCUGGAUGAUGACCUGGACUGUGUCCAGAGAGAUAAGAUCUAUGCGUUCUGAUGGGGCAACUCCUGGGCGCUGCCUCCAAGUGCUGCUGCUGCCAUACCAGCCAAUCAGAGCCUCCCUGUGAGGAGGAGGGGGGCCUGGACAGCCAUUUGGAGCCUGUCUGUGAGGACAGAGCCCCUCCCCCUAUUGUUCCUGGACGCUCACUGUGCCAAUGAAAAGACUGCAUUCCUCUGGGGCCUUUUCACAGGGAGGGACUGAAAUGAAGUGACUCUGUUGGUUCCAGCGGGACCCUCCCUGCCCACCCCCAGUCUCUCUGAUGACGAGUGCCCCAGUCAGAGUUGCAUGUUAAUGCCUUGUUCACAGCCUCCGACCUGGAUAUUUCAAUGCUGUAAGGAGGCAGUGGCGGUUCUCGGUACGCAGUCCCCCUCCUCUAACUCUGCGUUGUUAACCUGGGCUGCCCCUCCCCUGGUAACAGCACUGUCUGAACGCAGCACUGAAAUACCAAGCUUCUGGAACGUGAUUCCAAGUCACCUGGGUUCAAAUCGGACAGGAUGGUGAGAGCGGGCUGACUCCGGGGCCAGUUCUGUGUACCGGUCGGGUCGGGUCUGCUCCAUGGCCCAACUGUAUUCUCUACCUUACUGUCUGGAACAGCGCCCUGCCUCCACUGCCUGCAUGACCCCAUGACCCCCCCGGAGGGUGGCCUGGCCACUUCGUUAGGAACGGGUCUGUCCUGCGCCAGUGGCCACACCUCCCUUUCGAAUUGCGUUGUGAAGUUUGUGCUCUGUGCCGGGCGGCUGACUCCUACCUGCAUUCACGAGUCCCACAGGAGGGGCUGCUGCUGCUGCUGCUCUUUGAUCUUUGCUUCCACCAUUUCUUUUUUAGUUCUGAAACGAUUUAGCAUUCUUUGUUUUUGGUUCUUAAGGAACCCGUGCAGGCCUGUGCUCAGGGGCCGGCUCCAGUGGCUGUUUGCUUGUUGCUGUGCUUAAAGUGCAAAACCGUCCCGAUCACAAACAUGUAUUUUUAUUUUUUGCUACAGAAAUCCCCAAAUCACUGCAGACACUGAUAAUGACAGCCUUUCCUUGGCAUUGCUCCGUAUAUGAUGAGCUUUCAGAGAUGCCAUGGAGUCCCCAGAUCCCCUCGCAGACUGUCUCCAGUCUGGCUAAGCAAAUAUCUUGCAACAAGUCUGUUUAAUACUGGAGAGAAGCCGGUCUGCAGUGGGAGCCUCACUGCCAUCAGCGACACAUUUUCACACGGCUUUGUGUUUGGAAUUGUUGUUUUUAUUAGUUUAUAUUAGUUUUUCAAUGAAAAGGAAUAAGCACGGUUUUGUAGGAUGUGUGGGGGGAGCCCGUUGUGAUGGGAGCGCUUAGUAACAGCACAGCUUGCUGUUCAUCUCUGUUGUCAGUUUGCUUGUGUUGCACUCUCAUGUACACAUCAGAACCCGCUGCACAGUCUCCGCAUGUCUGGCUGCAGAGUUCAGUGGUUGCGUUGCCUUGCCGCUGCUCUGUCUCGCUGCCUCCUGUAACGAGAGUGGAAAUCGACCUCUAUCGAAGUUUGCUUUGGUCUCCAUGUAAGUGCUGUCAGUCCUGGUUUACAAGCUGCUGAGGGGCAGAUGAAGUUAGAAAAGAGAAGUAUUUGUUUAAUUAGCGGUUCUAUUCAGUAAACUGCAUAAACAAACACACGCACACACAGAGACACGCACGCACGCAUGCACACAUCAUGUACAAAGUGAGGGCCUGCUUCACACAUUGCUUUCCAGGUCUCCCUAUCGAUGGGGGAGCCUCAAGCUCACAGUAAACGCAUUAGACACACAAGGGCAUAAUUCAAGUCUCCUUGCAUAUCAGUUUGGACCAUUCCAUGUUCUGCAAGCCUUAAUCAUUUCAAAUGUCCUGUUCAGCUCAGGUGUGUCCAACUCGGCUCACAUCAAAAGUGAGCUAAACUGAAACUGCUGUGCCGUGGGACUCCUGCACACACACACACAAUAGCACAGCCCCAGUAGAAUCCCUGCGCUCCUCUGCUGUGCCGUGGGACUCCUACACGAUGCCCUGCACACACACACAAUAGCACAGCCCCAGUAGAAUCCCUGCGCUCCUCUGCUGUGCCGUGGGACUCCUACACGAUGCCCUGCACACACACACAAUAGCACAGCCCCAGUAGAAUCCCUGCGCUCCUCUGCUGUGCUGUGGGACUCCUACACGAUGCCCUGCACACACAUACAAUAGCACAGCCCCAGUAGAAUCCCUGCGCUCCUCUGCUGUGCUGUGGGACUCCUACACGAUGCCCUGCACACACACACAAUAGCACAGCUCUGAAUGGUGUUGCAGUGUUUCAGUUUGUCGCGUUCUUGCUCCGCGGUUGUGAAGUGAACGCUCGUUGCUGUUGUUUUAUAAACUCUUUGAUCCGUUACGAAUGUUUCGUGGCCUUUAUAAAUGUGUUGAACAAUAAAUACGUGUUUCUGUAAAAAAAAAAAGUAUUGUAACAAACAGUGACGCCAAUGGGAAAAAGAAUAAACUGAAUGCAUUUCAUGUUUAAUGAAGACUGAAGAUAACGGUGUGCUUUCAAACAGUAAACUCUGUGGAGAACGGGAUUAAAAGAGGUUUUGAACAUU